AUGAAGAUGGAAUCCCCGGUCGUUACUCAUAACCAUAUAUCCCCCGUGCCAGCGCAGCCGCCGACACCUAUCAAGAGAGAAUCCUUCCAGGGAUACGCAGCGCAGCCUGCUACACCCGCCGACAGUGUUGUGACGACCGUUACACAAAUAGCUCCAGACCCGGCCAAUGACAACGAUCGAAUUGGUCUAAAGGCCGAUCAUCGGACGCCAGCACAUCGCCUGUUCAUCGAGUGGCCCUCCAUGACGAACUUCUGCAACGGUGUACCGUUCAUUCAACGACUAUUGCAGGAAGGCCACCGAAUCGAUCAAUAUCCCAUGCUUAUGGAACAAGAUCGAGGACUACUCCGCGUCUGGGGUGUCGGAGAAGGCCACGACCUCUAUGAUGGUGCUCAUGGCCCUGGCAGUCCGGAAAACCACCUCGAAUCGGACAGUCCCUCACCUGCUGCUACGAAAGAGGGUUUGUGGGGAUGCCCACCUGCUGAUCAUUCGAGCCCUAGCACCUACAACGGUGACCUCCCACGACAUGAUCACGUAGGUGGUCUUGGUCCCGAUGGAAAGCCCGAUUUCAACUCCCAGACUCUAUGGAAACUUUACCGGUCGUACCAGGAAAACAUACAUAAUCUGCACCCGUUCCUGAAUCCGGCAAAGCUGCGAAAGAUGAUCCAGGAGUUCCAGGAUGUAUACAGCCCGGAUCGCAAGAACAGCACCAUGUCACCAUCAGCGGUGCCUGAACGACUCAAUGGCGGCAUGAAACGAAAAAGAUCCAGCAGCAUGUUUGGUGACGCCUAUGGAUUGGCGGAUGAGCUUGCCAGAGGCAGUAUCGAACGUUCUCUACGCAAUGCGAUUAUCCUUCUCGUCCUUGCGUUGGGUAAAGUUUGUCUUCACAAGGAGAAACUACCCCAUCCCCAGAGUGACAGACUGCCGACAGCCAACGGAACAUGGGGCUACCAUCGAGACUCGCCGCGCUCUGCGAACGAUAGUUUCAGCAGCGAUGGUUCGGACACGCGUGCAAGGAACAUUGAUAUAUUGCCUGGAAUGGCAUACUUUUCCUACGCAACCGACAUCCUCGGUAAUCAGAACGGUGGCAAUACGGUGGCUCAUGCUCAAGCCAUGCUCCUAGCUGCCUUGUAUUUGGGACAAUUCGGGCGGGUCCUCGAAAGCUGGAGCUGGACCAACAACGCUUGCAGAAUCUGUUUGGUACUUAUCAGACGCGAGGGCAAGAAGGUUUACCGCAAGAAGAUUACGCAGAACGCCGCAGGUCAGAAUGUUGUCGAAGACCCCAACGACGACGGCCAGUCGGCUGAAGAACGGCACCGUCUGAACUUGAUCAAGUGCGUUUACUGGACAUGUCUCCAAAUGGAAAGCGAUAUCAUUGCGGAGAUUAGUGAGCUUCAACCCAGUGCAAUCACCCAGUACCAGACCAAGAUCGAAUAUCCCUCCGGAGUCUACGAGUCUUUCGGUGAAGGCAUGCCCGAGCUUCAUGAAACAUCUGAGCACACGAAGAACCUCUUCAUUUACUCAAGCCAGAUCCAUUUGCGUGUCAUCCUUAACGAUGCACACAAUUCGCUGUAUGGCGCGCGACUUGGCUUUGAUAGCAACAACAUCGAUGAGAUUGGAAAUAUGGCACGAUCACAUGCUGAACUGUUAGCCACCUGGCGGCGCCUGUUGCCUGAGCCGCUGGCUUGGAACGACUCGGAUCCACCGUCCACCGACAUUAACAUUGCCCGCAUGCGUGCGAAAUAUUACGGCGGAUACUACGUAGUCUUACGACCGCUGUUGUUCAAGGCUAUCCAUCACAUGAAGCUGCCGCCUACCGUAGCAUCGAACAAUUCGCCGCUCCCCACGGACACUUCGUUCGGAUCCAAUCCGCAUCGGGAUAUCGUGGAUCUGAGUGCCGAGGACGAGAAGGCUCUGAAGAUUGUCCAGAGCUGUGUCGAAAGUGCCAUUCAGAGUACAAUUGCAUUUGAUCGAAUUGGUGCCGACGAAAACCUUCCGUACAGGAACUACGAAAGUCAACGCAAGUCUCGGCUUAUUGUGCCCAACAUUUUCGGCACGUUGCAUGCGCAAUUUGGAAACAUGCUCGUGCUCACUGCGGUCUACACCUCUCAGAUGCGCAGAUUCCUUCCCGAGAAGAACUGCCUGACCAAGGAUACUCUGACGGCCUUGUUUACGCGAACCCAAGACAUUCUCAGGGAUUUAUCAGGCAACUCCCCGGUUCUCUCUCUGGACUAUGAGAUUUUGGAUAACCUUGCACGACUACACAACAUCCCAUACCGACGUUCCAGAUGA